CUUCUCUUCCUCAUCGGGAAAAGAUCUAAUCGAACGGCCAGAUGCUGUUCCACACUUUCUCUCUCUCCAAACAGAAACCAGAAAGACAUCCGUGGAUGGAUUCCCAGCCAUAACUUCCCCGGACCCCACACAGACACUCUCACUCCCUUUACCUAUAUUAUAUAUAUAAUUCUCUUAUAUUAUUGAUUUUCAUUUUUUCUCCAUUUCCAUUUCUAGAGAGAUAAAGAAGAUAGAGAGUCGUCGGAGUUCACACACAGACGAUGCACUCAUGCCAAAGCCCUGCAAACGCAAUAAUGUUGGCCUGCAGAUUCCACCGCCGCAGCUCCGUCAGGAUCCGGUGCCUCAUCGACCAGAUAAUCGCCCCAAAAUUCGCCGUCUCCUCCUCCCUCAGCUCCGUCUUCACCUCCGCCAACGCCAUCGCCGCCGCCGCCGCCGCCGCCGGCUCCACCUCCCUCCACGGUGCCGUCACUUCCACCAUCACUCAAGUUGCCGUCACCGCCGUCGCCAUCGCCUCCGGUGCCUGCCUCUCCACCAAAGUCGAUUUCUUGUGGCCUAAGCUCGAAGAGCAACCAGGUUCUCUAGUUCUGGAAGGAGUAGAUGUAACUGGAUAUCCUAUUUUCAGCGAUCCGAAGGUGCAAAAGGCAAUUUCUUUUGCUAAAAAGGCUCACCAUGGGCAAGUACGCAAAACAGGAGACCCUUAUUUGACGCAUUGUAUACAUACUGGAAGAAUCUUGGCCAUGUUGGUUCCUUCAAGUGGGAAACGGGCUGUUGAAACAGUUGUGGCUGGAAUUCUCCAUGAUGUUUUUGAUGAUACAAGUGAAAGUUUGCAGAGUGUAGAAGAGCAGUUUGGUGAUGAUGUGGCUAGGUUGGUAGCUGGUGUUUCCAGGUUGAGUUAUAUUAAUCAGCUCUUACGAAGACAUCGGAGAAUAAAUGUGGAUUCGGGUACCCUUCGGCAUGAAGAGGCAAAUAAUUUACGAGUUAUGCUCUUGGGAAUGGUUGAUGAUCCACGUGUUGUUCUUAUCAAGCUUGCUGAUCGUCUUCACAAUAUGAGAACCAUUUAUGCCCUGCCAUUGCCAAAAGCGCAAGCUGUUGCAAUGGAGACCCUUGCUGUUUGGUGUUCCCUUGCUUCCAGAUUGGGUUUAUGGGCAUUGAAAGCUGAACUGGAAGAUCUGUGCUUUGCUGUUCUUCAGCCUCAAAUGUUUCAGAGAAUGAGAGCUGAUCUGGCUUCUAUGUGGAGCCCUAGCAGCAAAUCAGGAAACACAAAAAGAAUGUGUGAAAAAUCCAGCACGCAGACCUUGGAUAAAAAAGGCUUUGUUUGCGAUUAUGAGGGGUCCGUGGCAAUUGAUGAAGAUGUCACAAGCAUGAAAGAUCUUUUGAAAGCUGUAUUGCCGUUUGAUGUCUUGUUGGAUCGAAGAAAGCGCUCCAGAUAUCUUAGUACUCUAGGGAAAAGUUUGCAGAACCAGACAACCCCGAAGGUUGUGCGGGACACUGGAAUUGCUUUAGCAUCUCUGGUGGUCUGCGAGGAAGCACUUGAACGAGAGUUAAUAAUUUCAACUUCUUAUGUUCCAGGCAUGGAGGUGACUCUGUCCAGCCGUCUAAAAAGUUUGUAUAGCAUCUAUAGUAAGAUGAAAAGAAAGGAUGUCGACAUUACUAAAGUGUAUGAUGCCCGUGCGUUAAGGGUAGUUGUUGGAGACAAGAAUGGAACUCUUCAUGGACCUGCUGUUCAAUGUUGUUACAGUCUUCUCAACAUUGUACACAAACUUUGGACCCCAAUUGAUGGUGAGUUUGACGAUUACAUCAUCAAUCCAAAGCCUAGUGGCUAUCAGUCUCUGCACACUGCAGUACAAGGUCCCGACAGAUCGCCUUUGGAAGUUCAAAUACGAACACAGAGGAUGCAUGAGUAUGCUGAACAUGGACUAGCGGCACAUUGGCUUUAUAAAGAAACUGGAAACCCGUUAUCUUCUAUAGCCAGCACAGACGAACUUGAAGUAGAAACUUCGUAUUUUUCCAAAGACAUGGUGGAACAAACUUCCAUAGAAUGUGAUUUGUUUGAGAAGUAUAGUUUGUUGAAAAUUGGACAUCCAGUUCUUAGAGUUGAUGAAAGCCACCUUCUUGCUGCUGUCAUUAUUAGAGUAGACAACGGUGGAAGGGAAUUGCUUGUUGCUGUGAGCUUUGGACUAACAGCUUCUGAAGCAGUAGCUGAUAGAAGAUCUUCCUCCCAAAUGAAGCGGUGGGAAGCUCAUGCAAGAUUAUAUAAAAAGGUUUCCGACGAGUGGUGGUGCGAACCAGGACAUGGGGAUUGGUGUACUUGCCUGGAGAAGUAUACACUUUCUCGAGAUGGUAUUUACCACAAGCAAGAUCAAUUUGGUCGCUUACUGCCGACCUUCAUUCAGGUCAUUGAUUUGACAGAACAAGAAGAAACAGAUUAUUGGACAGUUGUAUCUGCUGUUUUUGAUGGUAAACAGCUUGAUGAUUGUACUUCAGGGCCAAGCUUUAACUCAGUUACAUGGGGUUCCAUGGAGAGUAGCAUCAAUAACAAGGUGCGUUUAUUAAGGACAAUGCUGAGGUGGGAAGAGCAACUACACUCGGAAGCAAGUCUGAGACAUGAAAGGCAGAGCAGAAAGGUUUAUGGCUCGGUAGUUCUCGGGGAAGUAGUCAUUGUCUGUUGGCCGCAUGGCGAGAUAAUGAGGUUGAGAACUGGUAGCACCGCUGCGGAUGCUGCUAGAAGAGCGGGGCUUGAGGGAAAGCUGGUUUUGGUUAACGGUCAGCUGGUGUUGCCCAACACGAAGCUCAAAGAUGGUGACGUGGUCGAAGUCAGACAUUGAUAAUAUAACUAAAUUUCUGGUAAGAGGAAAAUUUGUAAAAUGCUUGUGAAUGCCAGUGGGGGAAGCUAAUGUAUGUUACAAUUCUAAAGACGUAGGGCCUCUGUAUUAUACGAUUCUUUUUGUUCUGUAUUUUCUCCCCUAGUGUAAAUGGGUGGGCUCUACAUGGACAUUACAGUGCUUGAUUUUAACUGGUGACUGUAUAGAAAAGAUAGUUAAAUGUACAUAUGGAACAAUUUCAUAGCAAAAAAUAGAAUGAAAAUUCUUUCAUAAA